AUUCCAUCUACGCAGCCAAAUCCAAGGCCAGUCUCCUCAUGUAUGUACCAGGCUUCGCUCUCCUGUGCUUAUGCACACUUACUACCAUCGUUGAUGGCCUAGCGGGCGGAAGGCGGCCUGCCGGAAUGGGCAUGAACAAAUACAUUAGUUCAUUCCUUGGGGGUGUCGUUAUAAAUGUAAACCAAACUGAAACCACAAGGCAAGAAGACAAGCUGCCCGCCUUACGCACUGUUUCUGCGGAGUGGAAUGUGCCCUGGAUCAGGGCACCGGAUAAUGCAAGCCUUAGCGACUCUGACAAGCGGCAUUCACUAGCACAGUGGGUGGGAAUUCUGGGGAACGAUUGCGACAACGUGAACUGGUACCCAUUCCUUCAGGCUGGGACGCUGGUCGAGAUCAACGGAAAUGGCAUGACUACUGCGAGUGCUUGGGUUAAAUGGUUUCCGGCAGCAGCUCGCUUGAUCCCUAAGAAAAACUUCGAAGUAAUACCCGACGACAAAAUAUCCGUGGCAGUUGAGGUGUAUACUCGCAUAUCAGGCCAUGUGUAAG